UAGAUGACAGGUUUUAGGGUUUAAGAACAACGACAAUGCCACUGCCAUUGCAACUCAUCUCUCACUCUUUCUUCCAUCAUUGAGGUCUUCUGAGUUCCUCACUGCUAAUAUCAUCUCACCAUGUGGGCUCUUCGUAGAGCUUCUACUCCUCUUAGGAAUCAAGGGUAUAAAGUAAGAACUUCAUAUGUCUUUGGUAAACUAGAGGUACCAUUUUUUUGGGAAGGAAAUGUAGCUGGUUUUGGAACCACCACCGCUUUAUCUGACAGAUUCAUUUCUUUUGAGAGAAAUAACCUUGCAACAUGGCCAUCCGCUGGGGUUUAUAUUAGUAGUCAUGGUCUAUCUACACAAGCUGGUGCUGAGAACAGUGGAGAGGAAGAUAAUGUGAAAGAUGGAUUUUCCGAACUUGAUGAAACACUUCCAAGCACUAGUCCACUUGAAGAUAGGAAGGCAGCAGAUGAUAAUGAAGAGGAACUAACUUCUGGAUCAGAAAUUGAUGACGACGAUGACAAUGCUGUUGAUGAUGGGACUCAAAAUGAACUGUAUUUACUUGAGAGAGAAACUGGACUUGCUGAAAAGAAAUCUACAAAAAGGGGUUCUUUUGAACUUUUCAAUGUUAUUUGGAAAGCUCCAGGUUUAUCUGUGGCUAGUGCACUUGAUAAGUGGGUCAGUGAUGGAAAAGUACUAAGGCGGGCCGAUAUCUCUCUGGCCAUGCUCAAUCUUCGUAAACGUCGGAUGUUUGGAAAGGCUUUGCAGUUUUCGGAGUGGUUGGAAGCAAGCGGACAGAUGGAAUUUAAUGAAAGAAAUUAUGCUUCUCGUCUUGACUUGAUUGCAAAGGUACAAGAUCUCCGUAAGGCAGAGAGUUACAUUGCUAAGAUUCCACAGUCCUUCCAGGGGGAGGUGAUAUACCGAACUCUUUUGGCUAACUGUGUGAUUGCCAGCAAUGUAAAAAAAGCGGAGGGAGUAUUCAACAAAAUGAAGGACCUUGAAUUCCCAAUGACACCAUUUCCUUACAACCAGAUGCUUAUUCUUUACAAGAGGAUUGACAAGAGGAAAAUAGCCGAUGUUUUAUUGUUGAUGGAGAAAGAUAAUGUCAAGCCUUCUCUGUUUACUUACAAAGUUUUAAUAGAUGCUAAAGGCCUUUCUAAUGACAUAAGUGGGAUGGAACAAGUUUUUGAUUCAAUGAAGGCUGAAGGAAUUGAAGUUGAUGUUGAUACACUUUCCCUAUUAGCUGAACACUAUGUUUCAGGUGGUCUUAAAGACAAAGCCAAGGCCAUUUUAAAGGAGAUAGAAGAAAUUAACUCCAAAGGUUCUCGAAGGCCAUGCAGAAUUUUACUUCCCCUUUAUGGAAAACUCCAAAUGGAAGAUGAUGUGAGGAGGGUCUGGAAGAUCUGUGAGGAAAAUCCUCGUAUUGAAGAAUGUAUGGCUGCCAUUAUUGCUUGGGGAAAGCUGAGGAACGUCCAGGAAGCAGAAAAAGUUUUUGAUAGAGUUGUAAAAACAUGGAAGAAGCUAUCCACAAGACACUAUUCUACCAUGAUGUAUGUUUAUGGAGACAAUAAGAUGCUGACGAAGGGCAAGGAACUAGUCAAUCAGAUGGCAGAGAGCGGUUGCCCCAUGGAUCCGUUGAUUUGUGAUGCAGUCGUGAAGCUCUAUGUGGAAGCAGGGGAGGUAGAAAAGGCAGACUCUUUCUUGGUUAAGGCUGCUAAAAAAUACAGGAUGAAGCCAUUGUUUAUCUCAUACCGGACUCUCAUGGAUCACUACGCAAAGAGGGGUGAUGUUCACAAUGCAGAGAAGAUCUUUGAUAAGAUGAUACAAUCGGGUUACCUGCCUCGUUUCAGCCAUUUUGGAACUCUCAUACAGGCAUAUGUUAACGCCAAGACUCCGGCCUACGGUAUGAGAGACAGAAUGAUGGCACGUAUGGUUUUUCCAAACAAAGCUUUGGCCGGACAAUUAGCUAAAGUUGAUGCUUUUAGGGAGACAGCGGUGUCAGAUUUGCUUGAUUGAGAAACAUAACCGGUUAGUUUUGGAAUGUAUCAACACCCUACAUUUUCAACUUGAUGUUACAAUCAGGUCUUUGUUCUAUGAUCUGGUGGCUGCGAUUUAUUAGAUGAAAGUAUAUGGCUCUUAGGAAAAAGAAAUUUCGGAAUUGAAUCCUGGUGCCCUGUGUUAAUUAGUUCCUAUUAUCCAAUUCUUUUUUAGAAGUAGAACUUUGAUUUUCCA